UCCCCCUCAACCCCAAUACACCUCCCAAAAUCUCACUUCACACACACAAAAAUUCCCCUUCCACCCCUUCCCCCACUCAAUGUCCAAUCCACGCCCACAUCCAAAAAUCCCUUCCUCAAAAUCCCGAAACAUCUUUAUAAACCUAAACAGCACAUUCUCAAAUACAGCUCUGACCCAAGUCUCCAGCAUGAAGAGCAAGGUAAAAUUCCUGAAGACUAGAGAAAACCCUGCUCUUCCUUCUGAUAAGAAGAGUCCUUCUUGUCGGAAGGAAGAGAAGGACCUUACUUUGGUGCUGAGGAGUUUUAAGUUGGGUAAUUAUACAUUAGGGAAUGCUCCUAAAGUACAUGAAAGCUUCCAGUUUUCAGAUUCAUGUUCAAGAAAAGCAUAUUCGAAGUACCAUAAGCAAACAAGCAAAAGCCCCUAUAUUAAUGAAACUGCCCAUGAGAAUAAGCUCUUCAGUAAUGUUGGGGUAAAGCAAAGUCUAUCAGUUACUAAGCUGACCAGGAGCAAAUAAGCUUAUUAAGAAAAAGAAAAAUGCAUCGAAAAGUAAAUUUCCGAAGCUUUCUGUAAUGAGACGAAACUUCCUUGACAUGAGAGAUUACUCGGGCUACAAAGGUUCAAUUAAGAUUACAAAGACGUUGCAAUAAAGAUAUCCCACAUUAACCGAUUCCAGAGGAAUCAAUCAAAAAAGAAGACUCAGAAGAUAAUGUCACCUUCUAAACUCAAUCAAAUUAUAAGUGUCAGCAAGAAAUGCCUGGAAAAUCAUAACAAAGUUUUAUACUUUCAUAAGAAGUCAAAUCAUUCGUGUAGAAGAGGAGAGGAGAUCAACAAGCAGUACUCCUCCAUGAAGAAUUUUAAGCGAGCUAAGUAUAACAAGAUUGGUGCAUCUAGACCUUUAUUUUUCCCUCAGAAGGAGGAAUGUACUCUAGCACAUUUACCAGCAGCAGGGAUCUCUAAAAGUCCUGAACGUAAGAGUGAAUCAAAUUCUUCAUGUGAUGUUACAGACAAUAAAUUCUUUUAUAAGCCGAAAUAUUAGUUC